UCCAGCGUGAAUUGUCUGGGCUGAGCCCCGGCCUCGGCCAGCUCCCCCAAAGGUCAUUCUUCACUUUGAAAGGGUGAACGUAGCCCGUGCGCUAAGGCUGGAGCGGCUGGGCGCGGGACCGUCGCGAGGAGGCUGGCCUGCUUGGUGACCUGCAUCCGCAGGCCCACUCUUGGGUUUCCAGAGUCGUGGUUAGCAUCCUGGAGCCUCCCGACCCUAUGACUCAUAGUCAUGGGAGUGGAAUCUGUAGUCAACAAGGCGACAACCGGGUGGGGAUUAGGGGAGUGUCUGACCGCAGAGCUUUGAUUUAGGGUACCCUCCGGCCUGCCCUCCUUUUUUUCUAGCCGCAAUAUUGCCACAUGGACGUUGGAUUCCCCAAACACGCGCAGAGUUUCCCUGAAACACCUACGGGGAGAGAAGGGAAACAAAAUGUCCCUCUUCCUGGGCUGUGGUUUGAUUUCCUUAGGAAACAACACGGUGGUUGGGGGUGUGGGCGGGAGAGAACCUGGGCUGCGAGGAAAGUCAAGGUGGAGUCUAAAGCGCUCUAGGAAAAGCAAGUCCUUACGGCCUGGCCACUUUCCUGCUCCCUGGGAGCCUCAGAUCUAGAGAGAUCGGUGCAUUUGGAACUUGGACUAUCGCGAAUGUUGCUCUCUGAACCCUGGUUGCUUUGCUUCCCAAGAGGUGGGGUACCGAGGCUCGGGCAGCAUGACGACGGAGACCUUUGUGAAGGAUAUCAAGCCCGGGCUCAAAAACCUGAACCUCAUCUUCAUUGUACUGGAGACAGGCCGAGUGACCAAGACAAAGGACGGCCACGAGGUUCGCACCUGCAAAGUGGCAGACAAAACGGGCAGCAUCAACAUCUCCGUCUGGGACGACGUGGGCAACCUAAUCCAGCCGGGGGACAUUAUCCGACUCACCAAAGGGUACGCUUCAGUGUUCAAAGGUUGUCUGACAUUGUACACGGGUCGUGGGGGUGAUCUUCAGAAGAUUGGAGAAUUCUGUAUGGUUUAUUCUGAGGUUCCGAACUUCAGUGAGCCAAACCCAGAGUACAGCACCCAGCAGGCUCCCAGCAAGACGGUGCAGAACGAUAACAGCCCUACCGCCUCCCCACCUACCACUGGAGCCCCGACGGCUCCUACAGCCUCUGAGAACCAGAAUGGGAAUGGACUGAAUGCCCCAGCAGGCUCUGGUGGCGGUCCACACCCCCCUCACGCGCCCCCCCACCCGCCCAGCACCCGCAUCACCCGAAGCCAGCCCAACCACACGCCCGCCGGCCCUCCCGGUCCCUCCAGCAACCCUGUCAGUAACGGCAAAGAAACACGGAGGAGCAGCAAGAGAUAGCGCGCCGGCCUUCCUCCUUCCUGCCCUGGGCGCGAACCUGGCAGGCUUCCUGACAGCCCUCCGUGCCCGCCGAGCAGGAGGGGCCGGGACCCUCUUGACUUCCCUGCAGACCGAGGGGCCAUGGGCCGCGCUCCCUCCGCAUCGGCCCGCUGCAGUGGCCUGUCCUCUGGGGUCCAGUGCCCCCUUCCCGCCGCGCUCGCAUUAGAAAUGAAUUGCCGUCAGUUGUAUGGAUGAUGUGGGAGUCUAGUCGAACCCCUCCUUCAAA